GUCCAAAAUAUACACAAUGAGGACCCAACCAAUAGCCUGCCUCGUUCUCUGUCUCCUACUGGUGACCCCUGUGACGUCACAAGGAGGGCAGCUUUUGGGAGGUCUAGUUGGAGGAGCACUAGGACAUCAGCUAACGGGCGGCCAUCCAUUAGGAGCUGUUGUGGGCGGAGUCCUAGGUUCCCAGUUUUUCGGUAGGCGGGGAAGAGGUCGAUGGAGAGGCGGAUGGGACCGAGACAGGUGGGGCGGAGGCGGAUGGGGCCGAGGCCGACGUGGGCGAGGUGGAUGGGGCGGACGUAGAGGGCGCGGGGGAUGGCGCGGUCGUCGCGGCAGAAGAGAUUGGGACUGGUGAUAGAUAGUUUGGAAUCAUUCGAUGUUUGAAGACGAGGAAAAUGGUGUGCGCUUGUGUAUCAAUUAUUUAAAGAAUAAAUCAAUUGAAUGGAUUUUU